AUGGAUGCUUUGCCUUUGCGACAAGCUGGAACACAAAACUCUCAACCGCAGCGGCUUCCUUUUCAUAAAGCAGGGCACUCUCAAACCACCAUCGAUUUGUACCUCAGACCUAUCGCGAAAGUCAAACAGGGCCAGAAUGACAUACGUAAUUACUUUUCUCCGGUGGCCGGGACCAGUUCAGUUCCAAAAGGCGAGUCUAGAUCUCCUGCAAAGGUGCUAGUCACUCCAAAACCAAGUCAUGGAAAUAAUGGCGUAGGCCCAUUUCACACGCCAAGUCCGAGCCCGAGUCUCCAAACCCCUGUGGAGAGCACACCAUGCAUUCCUGAGAGCCAACAAUUCAACAAAAGAGCACCAGAUAUCCCCGUUAGAGUACGAAAACACAACCAUGUCAAGUCCGCAGUGCUGCCGAGAUUUGACCCCUUUUUCGACAACGACGAGUACCCGCAUUCCACAUCCCCAAUGGCACCUAGAGUCACUGACGUUGUGCACCAUUCGCUUGUCCCGAAACCUUUGAACAUCAAAAUGCCUCCCCCCACAGACGAGGCUAGUAGAUCUCCAAGCCAGACCACUUCUUCGCCUUCGAGUGUGGGAGAUGCUGAUACCGCCUCCCUUGACGGGGAAGGGCGAGAAGCUCCAAGCUUCAAGCAGACGUAUAUGAGCGUCCAUUCUCGCCAAAACACGAUUGAUAGCCCUCUCAGCCCUCUCAUGGCAUUGCGUGAUCCUAGCCCAAAGCCAUUGCGCCAGCGUGUGGAUCGCCCUGCCGCUCUGAGAUCCAUAACUGCGCCAGAAUUGUUAGAGCCCUGUUCUACUGACAGCAUUAUUUACUUUCUCCCGGAGAUUUCGCCAACUUCAGACGCAUCGGCAGAUGAACGAGAGCCUUUGAUGGGGGUCAGCAAUUCGAGGACGAAAACCAACACUUCGAUCCGAGACGUAUUCAGACGCAAGAGGCAGGCUGUGAAACUUGGAAAUGUUAGUCCUGCCCAGAAAGGUAGGAGGGAAGAUGUGCUGAAGGAGAAAGCUGUGACGGUUUCCCCAGGACUACAACGGUAUUAUGACUAUCUUGCAUCUCGAAAAGAUGCAGCUCCUGUCAAAGAGAAAGGGAGAGAAAUGGAAAAUGUAGAUCAUAGCAAAAAGAAUGAGGAGAGUGUGCCCUCAGGACGCUCCGAGUCGGGAUCGUCCAGCAAGAAGAAGAAGAAGAAGGGAAAGGGGUUGCUUAGGUUGAUGGAGGCUUACUCGAAACAUGUAGAAGGGCUACAGAUGAUACAGUAA